AUGAGGACUUAUGCCUUGUGCUUUGAACUGAUCCUUUAUGGUUUGUUAUCUUGUCUGCAACCAAAACCUUAUCCAGGAAAGUCUGUUACUGCAAAACAUUUUGUGGCAAUCUUCCUAACCACAUAUUCCUUUGUUUCAAGUGCACGCACAGGCGCAGUGAGGAUAAAACUUGGAGAGUCACUCACAACACAACCUGACUGCUGA